UGUUGUCAACUAACCUACAAAUAUGUAUGUUAAAAAAUGGCAAUAAAUAGAACCUUCGAGAAGUGACAAUUGGUGAUGAUUAAACAGAAUAAAGUGUGAUUAAGUGAAAAUAAAAAGUGUUAAAGACAUUUGAACAUCACAACCAAGCAAGUCUUAAUAAACUAGUGAUUUAAAAAUACUUCAAUCAUGUUGAAAGAGUUGUAAAAUUUUGAAACACCAAUAAAUCAUCAAAUAUCAACAAGGAAGAAACUAGAGGUAUCAUCAGUGUAACAAGCUGAGUUCGAUAACGAUGGAAAAGCAAACAAGUUUAAAGUGAAAAAUGUAGCUUCAAUUUUAUCGUAAAACCUUUAUGAUUAUGCAAUUUAUGUGUCACUACAGAUUAGGAAGCUUCAAAGUGUUGGUAAGCUUGAAAGGCCAUGAGCAGCUCCAGCAAAGUCUUGAAGAGGAGUCAGCACUAGUGAAUCUGUUCAGGUUGACAAUGGACUCGUCACCGACCUUGAGCAUUGGAGGAAGCUCGAAGGCGAGAGCAGCAUUGCUUGCGACUACUGGCACCGGAACCGGAAGUACUGACAGACGUGUUGUGUUUCUUGCUAGUUCCCCGGGUGCUAGUAGUCAUGACACCAAGACUUGGCCGCACAAUUGGUCACCAAACACGACUGGAAAUAACUACAGAUCAUCAGAAACAUCACCAUACAGUGAAUAUAAGUUGAGGAUGCCUCGAGGCCAAACGAAUUGGUCUGAAGAGCCUGAGGAUACCAACAGUAUAUCCAGACAAUCUAGACCAAGUAGACCAGUUCAAUCAAGUCCAUCAAGAACAUGUACACCUCAACAGGAUGAGCAAAAUCAACCCACCUGCAAUGGUUAUAAAUUUGGAGUUAAUGGAUGGCGAAAAAUAUGUCUCUGUAUGUUAAUCUUAGGCCUGACCAUCAUGGUUAGUCUCAACUUUGCCAUUACACUUUGGCUCCUCAAAGUCAUGGAAUUUAGCGCGGAAGGAAUGGGCUCGUUAAAAAUUGUACCAGGUGGUGUAGAACUCAAAGGUCAAGCAGCAAUCUUAGACGCACUUAUUGCCUCAAGUGUAAGAUCAAGAAAAGGAAGAAAUCUCGUACUCGAAUCAUGGAACAAUUUCACUGCCUCAGCUAGAGCUCGUGAUGGCCGACUUCUAGCCCGAUUUACUCUCAGUGAAGACAGCGUCAAUUGCAUGUCAAAAGCCUUCCAUAUAACAGACUCUCAAGGUGGCGUACUUUUUUCUGCAACCCGAGAACAAGUUGUUGUGGGUGCAACGAUGCUGAAGGUAACUGGUGCUGGAGGUGCAGUCUUUCGUGGAAGUGUCCAGACUCCAAUAGUACGAGCAGAAGCUGGGCAUAGUCUUGAGUUGGAGUCAGCAACACGAUCACUAGAAAUAAAAGCACCAGAGCGUGUUGUGAUAGAAUCGCGAGCAGGAGAAAUUUUUGCCUCCUGUUUAUCAGACCUCACUCUUCAAAGCAUCGAAGGAGUAAUACGACUCGAUGCAGAAUCAGUCUUCCUCAAGGAUCUAAAAAUAGGGGCAUUUGUUCAAAAGCAUCAAUCUAGAGAACAGCAACAGAUUCCAAGAAAUGACAGAUCAUCCACUGACCAGAGGGAAUCAAACAUUUACCAACUGUGUGUUUGUGCUAAUGGCAAGUUGUUUCUCGCGAGACCUGAUGGUAUCUGCCAAGCAGACAAGACCAUCUGCUAAUGUCGACUGAAGCGGUCCCUUAAGGGAUUUGCUAUUUGUUAUUUAUUUUUCUCAAGGGAGAGUAUCUCUUUCCCAGCAAAAACUUAUCAUUUUGUAGCGACAGUUCAAAAGCCAGUUCUUGAACAGUUCAAGUGUUAAAAUGACAUCUUUCUAACUCUAACGGCCAGUGAAUUUAAUUUUAAAGAAGCAGCUGACUGUUUUGAUACACAAAUGUACAUUUGAUAAAAAAUAGAAUGAAUGUUAGUAUAAAAAAAAAAAAGGAAAAAAAUAAAUAAAAAAUAUAUAUAAAUAUUUAAUAAAAAUAAAGACAUAUCUGAGCACUGCGUGCUUGUAAUCAAUGCCACAAUGGCGCCGAGCCUACCCCAUAAUGUAUAUCUUGUAUAUCAAUAAUAAAACAAAUGAUUAUCGUUA